AUGACAGACAAAAGCCAUGGAGUUGGAGGCAUCAAAGCGUCAGACAGGAUAGCGAACUGGCUCACAGUGGUGGAUGAUCGUUUGCGAUCUGUUGUCAAGCCACAGGUUGGGGCAGAGAGCACUCCUUUGGGCAUAGUAGCGGCACCGGCCGCAGUGCUUUGUGGCCUUUUUGGUGCCACCCUGCUGGGUGCCCUGUCGUACCGCCGUAGCGCUAAGCGAAUGGCACAGGCGCUGGAGGCAACGGCCGCUCCGAUUUGUACUCCGACGCCUGCAGCUGGCGUAGCAAGCGAAGCGGGACCAGCUAUGGGCUCUACAGGCCCUACACGUGCGCCCAGGGCCUCCGAUUUCUUGACGAAAGGAGAAAUAAUGUAUCUCUUCGUGGUGCCAGGCAUCGGUGCAACAGCAUUGGCUGGAGCAUUGGGGAUGUUGGGCCGAUGGACGCUGCAAGUGGACAGUAUGGAAGACGCAGUCAGGCAGUUGUUGCUAGGCUCCAUCUUGGGGUCUUGA